AUGAGCUUCCCGUACUUUGCUGACGACGCAGAGGUCGACUACAUUCUAGAUUCGCUAAACUUUGUGGCGGAUCACGGCUGGAAGUUCCUGCCACAGUACGAGUUUGACAUUCAUUCGGCUGCGUGGCAUCAUACGUCGCGGUCUGCGGACAAUCUUCCGACCAAGAGCUGCCUAUCAGAACUGCAGUUCUUCGGCGACGGCACAAACAGCACGUCAACAUCCGAAACUCCUAUUCACAGUAUUGCAGCUCAUCGUCGUGAAAAUCUCGAACAGGCCGCACUGCAGGCGGAUGCGUGCAUGAAGGAGGCGGCUCUGCUGGAUUCCUUCCCUGAGGGCCAAAAGGUGCUCAAGAGCCACGAGUGGCUGCGCUGGUUUGUCUACCCGUACGAGGCUGUAGCGGACUACAAGAAGAACGGCGACAAAGUGGCGCUCACCGAUAAGAUUACAGGUCCGUGCCAACCGCAACUCUACGGGGAGGACGCGAUGAACCACAUCUGGGACGGGAUGCCGUCCAUGUCCAAGCUGAAAAGGAGCCGCAUGGGACGGCUGAUGCUCCGUCAUUACAUGUCGACCCCCUGA